AUGGUGCAAUGGCCAUCUCGAAUAGAGCUGGAUAGUGUUGAGCAGCCAGAACCUACACAUGGUUCCCUAACAAAAUCCAAUGCCUGUGAGGUUGGAGGACUUGUUCCUGGAGGGCCAAAUCCAGAGAAGUCACCUGGCGAAACUUCACCAGGUACCCCUGCAAUCAACUCCCUCCCAAAAGCAAAUGUUUUCAAGGUCAAGAGACUUGUUCCUUCGAGGCCAAAUCCCCAGGAGCCACCAGAUUCUCCCCCUAGCUUUGAUGUUAAGAGGCUUGUUCCCUCAGGGCCGACCGCGCAAGAAUCACCAGAUUCUCCCCCGCCUUAUGAUGUUAAGAGGCUUGUUCCUUCAGGGCCAAGUGGUCAGCAAUCACCUGAACCUCCUAGCUGA